CCAAAAUAAUAAUACCAAAACACCUUUGACAGGAUGGCCUUGUUGAGUACUCCAACCUCUCUCCCAAUACUCCUUGGCCUCCUGUCCAUCCUCCUCUUCCACCCCAUCACCACCACUUCCGGCAUUCGCCUAGGCUUUGUUCCCCGUCCCUCCCCUGACCUUCCCGUCUUCCGUGAAGCGCCUGCCUUCCGAAAUGGCGAGCAAUGUGGCUCCGAAAAUGCGGAUGGCAUCCAUGUUGCCAUGACCCUAGAUGCCAAUUACAUUCGCGGCACAAUGGCUGCCGUAUUCUCUUUGUUGCAACACUCGGCAUGCCCGGCAAAUCUCUACUUUCACUUCCUCUCCGCGCAUACGACGCCCAAGUUCUUUUCCAGCAUAAAGUCUACGUUCCCUUACUUGAACUUCAAGACGUAUGCCUUUGAUUCGGACCGGGUUCGCGGGAAGAUAUCAAAAUCUAUAAGACAAGCAUUGGAUCGGCCUAUGAAUUAUGCUAGAAUCUAUCUUGCUGACAUCCUUCCGAAUGAGAUGAGACGUGUUAUAUACUUGGACUCGGACCUCGUUGUGGUGGAUGACAUUGCCAAGCUAUGGAGUGUGGACAUGGAAGAUAUGGUGGUGGCUGCACCGGAAUAUUGCCGGGCAAAUUUCACAGAGUAUUUCACUAACGCAUUUUGGUGUGACCAGGAUUUGUCGAAGACGUUCCAAGGAAGAAACCCGUGUUAUUUCAACACAGGAGUGAUGGUGGUGGAUGUGGAUAAAUGGAGGAAAGGAGGGUAUACACAGAAGGUUGAGGAGUGGAUGGCGUUGCAAAAGCGAAAGAGGCUAUACCAUUUGGGGUCUCUGCCGCCCUUUUUGCUGCUUUUGGCCGGAAACAUCAAGGCUGUGGAUCACCGGUGGAACCAGCAUGGCUUAGGAGGUGACAACUUUGAAGGAAGGUGUAGGAGCCUCCACCCUGGUCCCAUUAGUCUUUUGCACUGGAGCGGGAAGGGUAAGCCAUGGUUGAGGUUGGACUCCCGGAAGCCAUGCACCGUCGAUCAUCUCUGGGCACCAUACGAUCUCUACCAUUCGUCGAGACACUUUCUGGAAGAAUAAGAGAGAAGAAAGUUGAACCAUGAAGAGAGAGCAUGAAAGGAGAUAAAAUGCAGAGUCAUGAACCAUGCACAUCAUAACACAGUCCUUGAAUGGAGUGUGUUCCGAGGAGGCAAACUUCGCGAUGAGAUCUCGGGUUCUCCGUGCCUUUGAUGUCAUUUUCGUCCGCUGGCUCGUGCGAAGAAGUUGGGGCCUGGAUGGCAAAAAUUUGUUGCCAAGAGUAGACCAUCCAACUUGUAAAUGGCCAUUUGAAGGCUUCUUUGUAUGGUUAGGAACCUGUAAAUUCUUGUGUUUCAAGGAACAAAUGUAAAGGAAUGACAAUUUGUCGAAAACUGCCUUUCAAACCAAUAAUAUUCAUGUAAUUAACAGCA